UCCAACUUAAUUGCGUAAUGUAUUCUUGUUUUUUUUGGAUCAAUUCAAUUUAAUGCGCCAAGAUUGUGCAAAGGUGAAAUUUUGCUCUGAUGAUGGAAUCCUUGGUUUUGUGAGUUUUGCCCAGGUGAUCGGUAAAACCCUAGAUAGCUCGUUCGUGUUUUUUUUAUACGAUACAUAUCAAUUCAGGGGUUUGCCUAGAUUUUGUUAGGAGUUUUGUUUCCGGAUCUAUAACGUUGUUAGCGGCAGUUUUACUCCAAGUUUCUGGACUUAUUUGAGAUCGAGACAAGUAUUUAAGGUUUGGUUUUGAGUGCUAUAGAUGGCUUCAAAUCCUCCAUUUCAGGUGGAGGAUACUGAUGAAGAUUUCUUUGAUAAAUUGGUCGAUGACGUUGAUGAUUAUAAGGUCACUCCCUUGUUCUCACAAAGAACCAACUUAGCCGACGGGAGCGAUUCUGACGACGCUAAAGUUUUUGCUAGUUUGGGUAUAAGUAAUGUUGGAACUGGAAUCGAAGAUUCGGGGAAAGUAGGUAAACUAGAAGACGAAGAAGAUAUUAAAGCUCAUUCUUCAAUGAAUGGGGAUGUCAAUAAUGAGUCAACUGACACUUGUAUAGACCCUGCUCAGCGGUUGGUGUCUUCAAGUUAUUUUGCAUUUGGUAGCGCGAGUGAAGAACCUAAGACUGAGGCAACUGAGUUGGAGGAGCCAUUGGAUUCUGCAGCUAGUUGGAAUCAUGGACCUGGAGGUGCUCCUGGAGUUAAGGUGGUGCAGUGGACUGCUUUCACUGAACCUGUCGAGAGUGGCAGUAAUGGGUUUGGAUCGUACAAUGACUUUUUCUCUGAAUUUGGAGAUAAUUCCGUUGAUCAGGUAGGGAAAGGAGGUAACUUGGUUAGCGGUGCACAGAACUUUAUAUUGGGCAGCAGCAGUGUAGUAGAUGAUUCCUUGCAUACAGAGAAUGUUAAUGAUUAUUCUCAUCAAUUUCACGAGGUCCAGGCAAAUGCUGCGGCUGGGGAACAAAGCACAGAUGGCCAAGAUCUGAAUAGCAGUCAGUACUGGGAGAAUCUUUAUCCAGGAUGGAAGUAUGAUGCAAACACCGGGCAAUGGUAUCAAGUAAAUGAAGGUUACGAUGCGGCAGCAAAUGUUCAAGGGGAAUAUAACUUGAACACUGCUUCUGAGUGCACUGUCUCCAAUGAGAAACCAGAGGUUUCUUACUUGCAACAAACCGUCCAAUCUGCUGUGGGAGCUGUAGCAGAGAAAGGCACAAAUGAAAGUGUCACAAGUUGGAAUCCUGUUUCACAAGGGAGUCACACUAAUGAGAGCUUAUCAAACUGGGAUCAUUCUUCACAAGAAAACAACAGGUAUCCCUCACAUAUGAUUUUCGAUCCCCGAUACCCUGGUUGGUAUUAUGACAUGACCGCCCAAGAAUGGUGCUCUUUGGAUGCAUAUAAUUCUCAACAGAUCGUUCAAGCCCAGGACCAGGUCAAUCAAAAUGGGUUUUCGGCUACUAAUACUUAUUUUGGAAAUGAUAAAACUUAUGGUGGGAAGGAUCAAUUAGAUAAGCAGUGGAAAGGGUCUUUCAGUAAUGUUGAACAGCAAGGAUCAUCUAUGUGGCAACCUGCCCAGGACCAGGUCAAUCAAAAUGGGUUUUCAGCAACUAAUACUUUUUAUGGAAAUGAUCAAAAAGCAUAUGGCGGGAAGGAUCAGUUGAAUAAGCAGUCUGGAUCUGAAGUCUUUAGUAGCCAAGGACAAGGUUACCAGUGGAAAGAGUCCUUCAAUAAUGUUGAACGGCAAGGAUCAACUAUGUGGCAACCUGAUACUGCUGCCAAUAGGGCGCCUAUGUCGGAUUUUGGAGGCAACAAACUUGUACAAAAUCACCAUGGCCCUAGUUUUCCUUUGGAUAACCAUGUUAACCAACAACAGGCUUUUGAUUUUCGUAAGAAUAUAAUGAGCAAUCAGAGUGGCCAGCAAGCAUCUUAUGCCUCUAGUGCAGGCAGGCCAUCAGCUGGCCGCCCUCCUCAUGCGUUGGUUACGUUUGGUUUUGGUGGGAAGCUAAUUGUGAUGAAAGAUAGUACUACUAUCAUAAACUCAUCCUAUGGAAACCAGGAUUCAAAUGGUAGGUCAAUUUCUGUUCUUAACUUGGCAGAAGUUUCCACCGGGGGAAUUGAUGUAUCAAGCAGCGGAGCAAGCGUAUGUGAUUACUUUCACACUUUAGGUCGACAAUCCUUCCCUGGUCCAUUGGCUGGUGGAAAUGUUGGUGGUAAAGAGUUGAAUAAGUGGAUUGAUGAGAGGAUCACACACUCUGAAUCUUCUAACAUGGAUUAUAGAAGGGAAGCUCUAAAGUUGCUCCUUUCUUUACUGAAAAUAGCUUCACAGCAGUAUGGGAAAUUGCGUUCCCCUUUUGGCGCUGAUGCUACGUUGAAGGAAAAUGAUGCUCCAGAAGUUGCUGUUGCCAGACUGUUUGCAUCUGUGAGGACUAACAGCGCAGAAUACAGUGAUUAUGGCCAUUUCACCAAUUGCUUGCAACCCUUGCCUUCAGAAGGAGAGAUUCGGGCUACUGCUGCUGAAGUCCAAACUCUGCUGGUUUCUGGUAGAAAGAUAGAGGCUCUUCAGUGUGCAGAAGAGGGUCAAUUAUGGGGGCCAGCGCUUGUUCUUGCUGCACAACUUGGUGAUCAGUUUUAUGUGGAUACUAUUAGGAAAAUGGCUCUUUGUCAGUUGGUAGCAGGAUCACCUUUGCGGACAUUAUGCCUACUUAUUGCUGGUCAACCCGCAGAUGCUUUUUCAACUGACCCUAAAACAGAUGGUGGCAUUCCUGGUGUUGUAAAUAUGUCUCAACAGCCUGUGCAGGCUCAACCUGAUGCUAAUUGUAUGCUUGAAGACUGGAUAGAGAAUUUGGCAGUGAUUACUUCUAACAGAACCAAAGAUGAUGAACUGGUGCUUAUCCAUCUUGGAGAUUGUUUGUGGAAAGAGAGGAGUAAUAUCAUUGCAGCACACAUUUGCUACUUAGUUGCAGAAGCAAACUUUGAGCCAUAUUCAGACAGUGCUAGACUGUGCCUGAUUGGUGCUGAUAACUGGAAACAUCCCCGAACGUAUGUCAGUCCAGAAGCUAUUCAGGUUUUAGCUAUUAAGAAGACCGACAGAAAUUGUCAUGCCUGGAGCUUAAAUCAUGGAAGAACAGAAGUGUUUGAAUAUGCAAAACUUCUAGGGAACUCUCAAUUCACCUUGUUACCAUUUCAACCAUAUAAGCUUAUAUAUGCUCACAUGUUGGCUGAAGUUGGAAGACUAUCCGACUCAUUAAAGUACUGUCAAUCUAUAUCAAAAUCUUUAAAAACUGGUCGAGCUCCUGAGGUAGAAACAUGGAGACAAUUGGUUUCGUCUUUGGAGGACAGGAUAAAAACUCAUCAACAGGGUGGGUUCUCUACAAACUUAGCUCCUGGUAAAUUAGUUGGUAAACUGCUCAACCUUUUCGAUAGCACUGCACAGCGUGUAGUUGGGGGCCUACCACCACCUAUACCAUCAACAUCAAGUAGUGGUGUGCAAAACGGCCAUCAUCACCAACCCCCAGGGCCUAGGGUAUCAACUAGUCAAUCAACCAUGGCAAUGUCAUCAUUAAUGCCCUCUGCAUCAAUGGAGCCUAUGAAUCAGUGGUUAGACGAGGGAAAUAACAGAAAGACAAUUCACAACAGAAGUGUUUCGGAACCUGAUUUUGGUCGAUCUCCCAGGCAGGUUGAUCCGUCAAAGGAAAACUCUGCUGAUUCACAAACUAAAGCUUCUGGGGAUACUUCACGGCUUAGUCGCUUCAGCUUUGGCUCCCAGCUCCUUCAAAAGACUGUGGGAUUAGUUCUAAAGUCUCGUGGGGACAAACAGGCGAAAUUGGGCGAUUCAAAUAAAUUUCAUUAUGAUGAGAAACUUAAGAGAUGGGUAGAGGAAGGUGUUGAUCCACCUGUGGAGGAAGCAGCCCUUCCUCCACCACCAACAAUGACAACCUUUCAGAAUGGAACAUCAGAUUACAACUUAAAGAAUGCUUUAAAGAGUGAAGGCCCUCAAAGCAAUGGGAACUCAGAAUUUACUGGCCCGAUGUCCAUGGCACACAGUCCAGGAAUUCCAGCAAUUCCUGCCACCUCGAAUCAAUUCUCUGCUCGUGGAAGGAUAGGGGUUCGAGCAAGGUAUGUUGACACUUUCAACCAAGGUGGUGGAAACCCUACCAACUUGCUCCAGUCACCUGCUGCUCCAAUUACCAAAGCCGCCACAAAUCCAAACCCAAAGUUCUUUGUUCCCACAGCAUCACCCUUGGCGGAACAGCCAGUUGACACUUCUGAUAACACACAACUACCAACUACUGAUGUCAAAGAAGACCAUUCCUUUUCUGGGGUAAAUAGCUCGUUCCAGUUUCCUCAUCCAUCUUCAGCGAUGAGCAGGCAAAAAUUUGCAAGCAUGAAUAAUGUUUCAGAAGCUAGAACGGCGACACGAAGAACAGCUUCAUGGGCUGGAAAUGGACAGCAAGGUUUUUCUUUCUCGAAUAGGAGCGAAUUAAAACCAGUUGGAGUGGGAUUGGGCUUGCCUCCAUCAUCAUUGAUGCCAAUUGAACCUGCUUUGGGGAUGAAUGAUGAGCUUCAAGAGGUGGAUCUUUAAGGCCAAUAUUCCCUAAGUUGAAGAUGUUUUUGUGUAUUUGUAUAGUUGUAUGUUAAAAUGCUGUAGUGAUAAAUAGGUUUUGUUAAAUUUUAAGUAGGCAAGGCUGUUGUGUACAGUUUGAAAAUUUUGCCCCUUGAAGAAGUUGGAGAUAAAUUGGUUUGUUGUGGAAUUUGAGAUAAAUUUAUGAA